CGCAGGUUGACGUAGUCCUCGUGGUUUGCGAUCUUAAAAAAAUAUGUCAUUUUAAUGCAACGACAUUCACAAUAAUGCUUUACAAUAUUUUUGUCAAUCUCCAGAUCAAUGUGUUACUGUAUGAUUAUCAGAAAUGUCAGUGUCUUGUUGUAGGGCGUUUGAAAUCGGACACCAUGGUGUUUUAACGUCCUCGUACGCCGCGGAGGGAUACUCUUUUGGAAUCGACAAUGUGGAGGCUGUUAAAAUGUCUACUCGGAAGAUGAAAUGGUUACAAUUGUAGCAACUAAAAUAAUCGCUUGACAUACAACACGAGUUAUGAAUCUAUUCGUUAACAUUCCUUCAUUUUCAUGACGUGGACUGUAUAACAAACCAAGCGUUUGAUCGAGAAUUAACGAUAUCGUCGUUCGUUCUUCAUCUACAGUCCGGAGCAGGGGGAAUCUAUCCCCAACUUUAUGUUUUUCUCUACUCCAACCGUUCAUUUUUCCUGUUGGAUGCCACAUAAUUGAAUAUAGUCUGCUGAAAGUCAGUUGCUGAGACUCCAAGAGCCAAAGGAACAGUAGCAGAGAAUGGCUACAGUGGGAACAGACAAGGAGCUCAGCGACCUGCUGGAUUUCAGUGCGAUGUUUGCACCACCGGUGUCCAAUGGGAAGAACAGGCCCACCACUCUAGCCAGCAGCCAGUUUGGAGGCUCAGGCAUGGAUGAGCGGAACGGUCCUGGCCCCUGGGCAUCUGGAGAACAGACCAGCCCUUCCUUCAACCAGGGACGGGGUUAUGGUGAAGGAGCUCAUUAUAACGAGCACGAAGGCAUUGCUCCCACCCCCUUGUUUGGCUCCGGGAUUGUGGGCAAAGCUGAGCGAGGAGCCUACUCUUCUUUUGGAGCCCAGCCGGGCUUUAUGCCCAGUGAGAUGCCCAUGCCCAGUCCUGAUGCCUUGUCCCCGUCGGGCCUGAAGUCUGGCUCCCAGUUUUACCCCUCUCAGUUUAACUCUCGCAGAAGACCCACCCAGGAGAGCAUGGAUGCCCUGCCAAAAAAGAUCCGGAAAGUUCCCCCUGGCCUGCCAUCUUCAGUAUAUGUGUCGGCGUCAGGAGAGGACUAUAACAGAGACAGUGCAGGAUACCCUGCCUCCAAGCCUGGAAACGUGGCCUACCCCGGCACCUUCUACAUGCAAGAAGGUCUGCACUCCUCCCCUGAUCCAUGGAGUUCUGCCGGGCCGAUGGGUCAGCCGGGCUACCCUGCAGCCAUGCUGGGUAACUCCCCCCAUCUGGGCCAGCCUGCCCCCUUCACCGCCAUCAACCCCCAAGACAGACUGAAGCGCCAGCCGCUGCCCCUCUCGCCCCAGAACUACCCCCUGCAUGGCAGUGAGGUGAACGGGAGCUUCCACCCUGGGUCCACAGGCUACGGAGUCCCCAACCACACACCCCCCAUCAACGGAACAGAAACCAUCAUGGCCAACCGGGGGCCAGGAAGCUCAGGAGAUGAGAUCGGCAAAGCCCUGGCAUCAAUCUAUCCCUCGGACCACAACAGCAACACCUUUCCUUCCUCUCCGUCGACUCCAGCGGGCUCUCCUCAGGCCAUAGCAGGUUCUGCCUCUCAGUGGCCCCGGGGCUCGGGACAGACCACACCCUCUCCAAACUUUGAGGGUGGACUGCAGGCUCUGCAAAACAAGAUGGAGGACCGCCUUGAGGAGGCCAUCCAUGUAUUGCAGCGUCAUGCUGGGGGGCAAGGGGGUCCAGGGGGGCUGCCUGACAUGCACAGCCUUCUUAGUGCCGGUAUAGGAGGUCUGGCCCAAGCCUUUAACAACGCUGGCCUGGGACUGACCAACAGACUGCCAAGCCUGUUGUCCAAUCACCAUGAGGACUCGUCUAGUCUGCCCUCUAGUGGUGGUGGUCUGCAUGGUCACCAUGGCCCUGCCUCUGCCCAGCCAGGUGGCCAGCCUGAAGGCUUUAUCAGCGUCACUCGCUCCACACAAUCAUCCAGUGGGUCCGAUGUCAAACGGGAGGACAAGGAGGAUGACGAGAACUCCUCCGUGGCUGACAAGUCAGAGGAUGAGAAGAAAGACUCGAAGACCCGCACUCGAACAAGAGAGCCGUUUUCCUUCCAGACCUUCUCCUCCUCCCUAUCAGACACAGGAGCAGACAGCUGCAGCGUGGCCUCGCUCAACGAGGAGAACCUCACGGCCGAGGAGAAGGAGCAGCGGGAGCGGGCGCGCCGCAUGGCCAACAACUUCCGGGAGAGGGUGCGCGUGCGUGACAUUAACGAGGCGUUCAGGGAGCUGGGCCGGAUGGUACAGGUGCACCUGCGAAGUGACAAGGCCCAGACCAAACUCAUCAUCCUGCAGCAGGCCGUGCAGGUCAUAAUGGGCUUGGAGAAGCAGGUCCGAGAGCGUAACUUGAACCCCAAGGCAGCGUGCCUGAAGAGGAGGGAGGAAGAGAAGGGUUCAGGGGGGGACCCUCAAAUGGGAGGAGGGCACCCUGGGUUAGGGGGGGAAGGACACAACACUGUGAGCCAUAUGUAACACCAAGCUCCUGGUCCUGUUGAUUGUACAGCCCUUAGAAGAAGUGGCCUUAUUCUCUCGUCAUGCAUCUCACUUUGUGUCAAUCCUCAAAGGUGCUCUCUAUAUGCUAGCAUAUCAUGGAGAAGCACAUUUUCAAACAAACACACAAAACUGGCGGGUACAUUCCCUACUAUGAAUACAAUAUCUAUACACAAAUACACAAAGUUUGGAAGAAUACUUACAGUAAAAAAGAAACUGAACUCCAAGGAAAGACUGGAUCACAGACAGAGGAAAUUUAAACGCAACAAUUUUCUGCCUAAUGUUCAUGUUUUUGUAAGACAUUUUAAGAUGUUGGGAGCAAGAUUUGUUUGGAUCAAAUAGUAUUUUUGGAUCAAUUGCUCAUGUGAGCAACCUAUUAUUUUUUUGUCCUUUGGUAGUAAUUUGCCAUUCCCACUUGAAAAGGAGGUCUUACUUUCAUUACAAGCAAAGGUGAAAUCACAAUCUAACCUAUAUGAUUACUACUGUGACAUCAGAAUCUAAACUGUAUGGUGACUGUGACAUCAGAAUCUAACCUGCAUGGUGACUGUGACUUCAGAAUCUAACCUGCAUGGUGACUGUUGCUUAUAUACCUGCAUAAAGGAAAGGGUUGGCAGAUUUCGAAUCAUCAUUGUUCCCAACAUCAUCUUUUUCCUCAACAUGGCUGAACCACAGAAGUGGAGUUUGAGGUAUCCAGGCAUCCCACCAGCAUUGAAAAGACUAGACUCACAGUGACACCUAUUGAAUCGGCUGGCAAAGUGCUGUUAUAUAGCACAAUGAUAAAAACAAAACCUAGCCAACUUUGGAAAUACUUCUUUGUUUUUGCCUUCUGGUAAGGGCUGCCCACACACUGGCCCAUCUGAAGGAUUAGUAUGGUGGGUGUUUUUUUAUUUAUCCACAGAUCCUACAAUCUUCCAUUUUGUCCUUUUCAUCUGUUUGUUUUUGCUUCCCUGGGUGGAGUAGAGGAACUGCCUGUGAGGAAAGGAACCUCGCCAACUCGUAGAGACCUAGGACAGGUCCUGGUGACUCUACUAGCUGAAAACCACUUCCUGUUCACCUAUUAUUAACACAGGAUCGAUGGUGAAAUCCAGACUUCCUCUGACUUGGGGACAUAGGACUGAAACAUGCAAGAAGUGUGUUGUGCUCUGAGCUAGAGCACGCCUCCCCCUAUCCCACUCCCUCUGCCACUACCUGAACCAUGGCUACACCUCCUGUUCCGCCUCCAGUUCAAGUACACCGCGUGGACACACGAUCAGCGCCCUCAGCCAAUCUUAUUCCUCCAUUUCCUUCACACCCGUGGAGCUAGUGUCGUCAGUGGGCAUGUGGGGAUGUGUCCAGGUCACGCGUACAUAAAUACUUUGGAGGACAAUGAGUGGUUUUUUGGUUUGUUUUUCUAAGUGGACUACAGGUAGUAAGUUACAGGAGGAGUGGUUGUUGGACAUAGAAAGGGUGGAUUAUUCAGGGGUGGAUCAUGACAUUUCAUUGAUAUCUUCCCUUGAAUGUGUUCAACUGCCAUUGAUAGACAAUAUUUGUUGUUCCUUAAAUUACAGGAAGCAUUGGGUGUUUCGAACCAGUUACAACACCUGUUUGUAAGGAUACUCCUUUUUGUAGAAGUGAUUUAUUGUUUUGUUUUUUAACCUUGUAAGAUAGCUAUAUGAGUUUUCUUUUGGAUUGCUUGCUUUCUUUUCAUUUCACUUUUUUAAAUGUAAGACAACUCUCGUUUUAGAUGCCAGGAACAAACUUAAAGUGUGUCUCUCUUUCCAUCCCCAAUGUAUUGAUCUUUUCUUUUUUAUUGAGAUAAGCAUGAAGUCCCAGUUGCUAAGUAGUAAACACCAACACUCCUAAUAUGUCUGGAAAUUCUCCAAACUGUUUUGGAAGUACAGGUCCUUUGGACAAAUUAUAUUUCACAACUACUGCGAAAGGUUUGUAUAAAUAAUUUAUCCCAAUUACAAUUUCAUACUCACUAUUAAAGGAAGUGUUGGUUAAGUUGGAAACCUUGGAAAGGUUUUUAUCACUAAACAUUUGGAACAGUAUUAAUUUCAUCACUUAUUUUGUUCUUAGAGGUGAUCUGUAUGGUAAAACCCUGAACAUCAGCCCUAAUGCUUUUGGAGAACGCCUUUUGAUUCUGCACGUGACUGUAGGUAAGAGGUAGCCCAAAUAUGCAUUAUUUCAUGAAAAACAAUUACUAAAAUGUGACUGAGGCUGUAAUUUUAGUCUAUCAUUUUAGACACUGCCCCCCCGUGAAAUAAUGCAUAUUAAUGCCAUCUCUUACUUUCAUCAUGCGCAAUAUCAGACAGCCAUGUCCAACUACAGGAGACCUGUUGUCCAGAGUUAUAGUAGACUGAUAAAAAUGACAGAAAAUAACACUGAUUUUGAAUAGAAAACCUAAAAGUUGCAUUUCUGGAGUUAUUGCGGAAAAGGAAGCAACUUGGUGUUCUUUAAAGUUUCAAAUAUUUUUUGGUCUCAUCCACUUCGUAGCAGAUGUUGUUGCGGGUAUAGCAAGAUGCCUUUUGUAUCAGCUUCUAAACCAUGCCACCGGCUAACUAAAAUAAUGCUUGCAUCUAUUAAGAAAAAGAAAGUCCAUGCAAGUUCAAAUUAAAAUGACACAUUUUCAAAUCCAAUAAUCCAAUUGGGAAUCGGGGUGUAUAUUCCAGUGCAGGCAGCAUACAAAAAUGCACGUUAACAAGAAAUCAAUGAAUGGGGAAGAGACCAGUUCUCUGCACCAGUGUCCCCAAUGAACAUUGUGUGUGUGUGUGUAUGUGUGGGCAAGGAGUGUGCAUGGGCAAAUAAGCCCUAAGGUGCGGAUCAGAGUGCAAGACAGUCUGAUGGGCAGCGGUAAACACCUCUUCUGUUUGCUCGCUAGGAUGCUCCAGAGCAGUCUAUGCUAGAUAGUAACAGUAUGAACAGGACCGGUGGCUGAUGCAUUAGGCUGCCCUUGUUGCCCUUCUAAGAGCCACGCGGUCACUGGCCACAUGGUCACUGGCCACAUGGUCACUGGCCACAUGGUCACUGGCCAGGGCAGUUAUCCUACCAGACAGUGAUGCACCUGUAAAAGCUUAUGAGAGUCCUCUGGGAAAUGCCACCCACUGUGUAGUCUUUACCACAGUGUCGAAUUGAUUGGACCAUUUCAGGCCCUUUGUUGUGCAUCGUAGACGAGCGACUCCAUCAAUGAGUUUUUUUUUCGAUCCCCUGAAGUCCACAUCAGCUUCUGUAUUCUUUUGGAUGCUGGAGAGUUGUUUUUUUAUUUUUAUUUUAUUUUACCCGGCGCUGCUCUGCCAAGUCUCAUACCUCCUGCUUGUAGGUUUCCUUUUAUAGCAAUCCCUUUCAGCUUACCGGGUCAUCAAUUGGUGUAUUGUCGAUGUCGGUUCAGUUUAAUAAAUCGUGUUUUCAAACUUUUCAAAUCGAAACAAAAAAAAUGGGAAAGAUUCAAUAAGUUGGGCUUAGUCAUUCCCCAGAGUUUGGAAUCUUUGUUAGAAAAUGGUAACUCACCAGUGCCUGAACUUCACUGUUGAAUUGUAAUUGUCACUGCGCCUGUGGCUUUCUAAGAUAACCUUUUACAAAUAUCCAAGAUUGGCAUGGUUGGCAGGGAAGAGUUGGGCAGUGUUUCAGGACAUAUCUAUGAAUAUAUUUCUUAUUAGCAGCUAAUGGUUAUGUAAUGUUUUAAACACUUUCUCUGUUUCUCAGUUAGUGAUUGGUAUCCCUAAAUUUGGCAAACAACUGAGUAAAUGUUUAAUUUAGUGAGCUCGAUAACCAGUUUCUGUAAUUGAGUAGAUAUGAGUAUCCCCAGGUCGGGUAUCUGCAGGAUGAACUAUGGACAAUUUUGACAAAAUGCUUGUCAUGGAAAAGAGUACCAUGUUCUUUCAAAACAUUCUAAAAGGUUUUCUUCUGAUAGGGCAGAUACAUUUUUUUGUUUUCAUAUCAAACAUCUGAAUUUGAUAUGUCUUGGCCAGUGGAUGUUAACUAAACAGUAUUUCCCCCCCGUCAUACUGAAUUGUUACAGUAUUUUCUUGAUGUCUUUCUUAGUUUGUCCCGUUGGUCUGAAUCAUUCUCCGUACUGAUGCUGGAAAUGCAAAGUUUCCUCCAACAGCAGAGUGAGAUCAUAAGUGUGACGUUGCUGAUGAUUUGUAUUCAUUUCUGAGAAUGUUGAAUACAAUAUCCUUAGAUCUUCCCUUAUCAAACUGCACAACUGGUGUUUUGUUAGGGUGGACCCUUGUGAUCAGCCCUUAUCUGCCCCUUCAACAUAAGGACACACUGCUACACAAAUCCCACUGUCUCUCUUACAUUGGGGACAGAAUCCAUUGAUGUCCUCAAAGUGCCUCCAGUUUCCUAUUUUUUUAUAUAUAAAGUAGAUAUUGAGAACUGUCGUGUAUAUAACAGUAAUGUAGCAAUAAAUGUGCCAUUUUUAAUAACAGAAAUAUACCUUUUUUCAAUGUCUGUCUUUUUGAGCUUGUAUACUUUAAAUUACAUAAAAUACAUUGUAAUAAAGGGUUGAAAACAUGUA